AUGGACCAACCCACAACCCAAACCACCAGUCCCAAAGAAUGGUUCCCACUAGCCCUGCAAGAAGCGACGAAAUGUGUUCCCUCACCCCAAGCCUUCAACAUCGGAAGUCUAAUCCUAAGUUCUUCAAACCAACUCCUAAGCAAAGGACAUUCACGAGAACUACCAGGAAACACCCAUGCAGAAGAAAACGCUUUAUCUAAACUAACUGAUCUAGAGAUUCCAGAUGGGUCUUUAAAGUUGGUCGUCACUAUGGAACCUUGUUCGGUUAGGUUAUCUGGAAAAACUUCUUGUGUUGAUAAGAUAUUAGAAUGGAAUGAUGAACAUCGUGAGAAGAGGAUUGGAGAGGUUUGGCUAGGCGUUUUGGAACCUAAGGAUUUUGUGGUUUGUGAGGGCGUACGGAAGUUGAAAGAGAUGGGAAUCCUGGUUGGGGUGAUUGAGGGGUUUGAGGACGAAUGUUUGAGGAUUGCUAGAAUGAAAUAG